AUGGCAAGCUCCUUUGAGAAGAGUGUCAAGGGUGGCACCAAGAUCAAGCUUGCGGCACCCAAAUCGAAAUAUGUCGAACACAUCCUCGUCGCGACGCAUGCUGGCGAAGCUGGUGUCGCUGAGAUCUUCCGCGCCCUUACCAAUCGAUUGCGCGACUCGACAUGGACCAUCGUAUUCAAGAGCUUGAUCAUCGUACAUCUUAUGAUAAGAGAGGGUGAACCCGAGGUUACGCUCAAGUUUCUCGCGCAAAAUCCACACAGAAAGUUGGCCAUCAACCAUUUUACAGAGGUACAGACCCAAGGACAUAACAUCCGGACCUACUCCGAAUACCUGCUACGCCGAGCGAUCGAAUAUGGCGCCACCAAAGUCGACUACGUGCGCGGCGGCGAGGGGCGUCUUAAGCGGCUCACUGUAGAAAAAGGCCUUCUUCGCGAGGCAGAGAGUGUGCAGGAUCAGAUACGAUCAUUGCUCAAGUGUCAGCCAUUCGACGAUGAACCGGAAAAUGAGAUUACCAUGACAGAGUUCCGACUGCUCACAAUGGAUUUAUUGGUGCUCUUCCAUGUUAUGAACGAGGGCACCAUCAACAUUCUCGAGCACUAUUUCGAACUAUCAAAGCCAGACGCAACGCGUGCCCUGGCAGUCUAUCGCACAUUCGUCAAGCAGACUGAAGCCGUCGUUCAGUACCUCAGUCUUGCAAGAGCGCACGAGCACUCGACAAGACUGGAGAUUCCCAAGAUCAAGCACGCUCCUACCAGUCUGGCGGCGUCAUUAGAAGAAUAUCUAAACGACAAGGACUUCGAGAUCAACCGACGGCAGUACAUCGCCGAGAAGGAAGCAAAGAGGAAUGGGGGCAAGCCUACGAAUGGCGCUAGCAAACCCGUGGAUUCAAAGCCUGCAGCUGCACCAUCGAAUACCACCAGCAGUCAACAGCCAGCGGCACCGGCAAAACCCUCUUCUAGCGCACCUUUGAUUGAUCUCUUUGCCUCACUCGAGGACAACCAACAGACUAUGGCCACGCAGCCCAUGAUGCAGCAGUACCCUCAACAAACAGGCUUCCAAGUUCCACAACAGACUGCGAACAUGGGUUUCCCUCAACAGCAGCAGCAACCUUUUCCGAUGCAGAAUGGGCAGAGCACCAACCCGUUUCAGAUGCAACAGCAACCACAGGCGCCACAGAUGCAGGCACCUCAAAUCCAACAACAGUUUACAGGUGCAGGCUUCGGAGGCUAUUCACCUCAGCCUUUCGGCGUGCAAAACACCAUGCCAUCGAUACCACAAAAUGGUAUGCCUGAUUACUCACAACAGCAGCAAAUGCAGAUUCCCACAAUUGCCGAACCUCUGCAGCCACAACAAACAUCAACAAAUCCAUUCCGACAGUCAAUGUUGCCUAGUACCGAACCCAGGAUGCUCACUAGCCCUACCAGCACAGGUUCGCUCAACCGUUCUUCCACAAAUCCGUUUGCAAAACACAAUACUGGAUUUUCACCACAGUCGCAAUCUCCUGUCAAUUCUCCGCCUUAUUCCAUGUCACCCAUCCAAGAGUCACCGUUUGCACCGAUGCAGCAGCAACAGCAGCAGCCCAUCCAGCCGUUACAACCAACGCCUACUGGCACGAACCCAUUCGCACGGCAGCCUUCGCCGCAAAGUGCCGCACCUCCACAGGGUGGCCUAACAGUGAAUGCAACGGGCAGUACCAACCCCUUCCGACAGAGCGCUUUCGUCAACCAGCAAACAGGUCAGGGCUGGCAAAAUGCAGGUAGUCAGGGAACAAUGGGGGGAAUGAACUUGGAUCAAGUACCUACCACAAGCGUCUUCCCACGACCGGGACAGCAGCAGCAACAGAAUUUCCUUGGCUAG